AUGUCACUCUUCGGUGAUUUGGUUCGUUACAUCGCCAGUUUUCUCGGUCUGCUAUCUACGAGGUAUGAUGAGGCUGUAGCUCAAAAAGGACUACGAGAGUGCCAGAAAGGGAUAAAACAAAUAAAUUAUGCAUUGAAAAGUGCCAAAACGCUGGGUGAAAAACAGCAUUUGGAAGCUUGCCUUAGGAAUAUUAAAACUUAUCGUAACCAGAUAAAAACGACACUGAAGAAAGGGGCAGGGCUUACAUCACGACCUGAGGGAGCUAGAGAACGUGUCCGUUGGGAUGAUUCCGAUACUGCAUUCAAUAGCCGUAUCCUGACGGGAGUAAUAUCAAAUAUGAAUCAUAAGGAUCCAAAAGCUUUCCUGAUUGAUGCUAAGUCCCUUUUUAAACGUAGGAUACAGGCGGCUUUAAAAAAAGAUGCUGCUGUUAAGGUUAAUGCAGUAUUUGGAGGUGAGUUCGAGAUAGUAAAAGGAGAUAGUGUACUUAAUGAGUACAAGUAUUUUACAACAUCCAAUUCUCCAAUUUAUAGAGACACCAAUCUUGAUAAUUGGUUUGAUGAAAAGGUUAAUAACCCUAUUCUAAAUAACCUUGAGGAAUUUCAAGAACGUGAUAGUGGCUGGGCACUAAAACGAAUUGUUAAUUUAGGUGUAAACAUAAAUAAAUACAUUUCUCAACUUGGAUCUUCGUACAUAGAACUUCCUCCUCAAAUUAAACGAAAAGAAGCAUGUAUUAAUGUUAAGAACGAUGAUCAAGCUUGCUUCGCAUGGGCUGUUACAUCUGCUUUGUAUCCCGUAACCAAGGACCCACAACGAUUGUAUAAAUACCCACACUUCUCGACUGUUUUAAAUCUCAAAGGAAUUCAAUUUCCAAUGACCUUCAAGCAAAUUCCUAAUUUUGAAAAUCAAAAUAAUGUUUCCAUUAAUGUUUAUAUUCUCCAAAAACAAAAAUCUAAUUUUAUUACUCUUCCCACUUAUCUUACCAAGGAUAAGAAAGAAAGGCAUGUAAACCUAUUGCUUAUUCAGGAUAAGUACUAUGAGGAGGGAGAGGGUGUAAAAUAUCACUAUGUAUGGAUUAAAAAUCUUUCUCGUCUUCUUUCUAAACAAUUAAGUAGAGAAGGAGAUGCAAAAUACUUUUGUGAUCGUUGUCUUCACUAUUUCCGUUCUGAAUCAAAGUUAAACAGACAUAUUGAAGAUUGCGAAAAAUUAAAUGAAACUGCUAUUAAAAUGCCCGAACCAGGAAAAAACAUUCUUAAAUUUAAAAAUUUAAAAAAUAAGGAAAAAGUUCCGUUUAUUGUAUAUGCUGAUCUUGAGAGUGUUCUUAAACAGACGAAUGAUCCUAAAAAACCCCAACACCAUAUUCCUGCUGCUGUCGGUUAUUAUCUUAAGUGCUCCUACGAUAAUUCCAUUUCGUUUUAUCGAUCAUACCAAGGUGUAGAUUGUAUGCAAUGGUUCGCUGAUGAGAUGGCACAACUUGCUGAAGAUAUGGCAACUGUCUUUUGGUGUCCUUAUGAUAUUCACAUGACUCCUACUCAAGAAGCAGAAUUUAGAAAAGCAACUCAUUGUCACAUAUGUGAACAACCAUUCACACUUGAAGAUAAGAAAGUACGCGAUCAUUUUCACCUCAUCCCAGAAUACAACUUUAGAGGCGCCUCCCAUGAAGCGUGCAAUAUCAAUUUCAAAGAUAGUCAUACCGUCCCAGUCGUUUUCCAUAAUUUAAGUGGUUAUGAUGCUCACUUCAUUAUUACCGAUAUUGCAACCAGAAUGAAUGGAUCCAUUGAUCUGCUGCCCAUCACCAAGGAAAAGUACAUCUCAUUUACAAAACAUAUUAAUGAGUAUCCUAUUCAGUUCCGUUUUAUCGAUAGUUUUCGGUUCAUGGCUUCUUCUUUGGACAAGUUAGCUUCAUACAUGGACGAAUUUCCUAAUUUUAGGUCCCAAUUUCCCUAUUUACCUCAAGAACAGUUUAAUUUAUUAACAAAGAAAGGCGUGAUGCCCUAUGAUUAUUUCGACUCAUUCGAUCGUUUUAAUGAAACCUACUUACCUCCAAUCGAAUCAUUUUACAACAAGUUGGAGGAUAAGCCCUGUUCUCGUCGUCUAUACCAACGUGCACAGGAAGUAUGGAGCAAAUUUAAUUGCCUGCACUUGGAUGACUAUGUUGAGUUAUACAUGAAGACUGAUAUUCUUCUGCUGGCAGACAUAUUUGAGCAGUUUAGAACUACUUGUUUAAAAACGUAUAAACUUGAUCCGGCACAUUAUUACACUUUACCUGGAUUUACGUGGGAUGCGAUGUUAAAGUACACGAAGCAGGAACUGGAGCUGCUUACGGAUCCUGAUAUGUUUUUGUUUGUGGAAAAAGGUAUCCGAGGUGGUCUUAGUCAGGUCUGCUCCAAAAGAAGAGCUCACGCGAACAAUAAAUAUAUUCCUAAUUAUGACUCUACAAAACCAUCUAAAUAUUUGAUGUAUUUUGAUGUGAACAAUCAGUAUGGGUGGGCGAUGUCUCAAUAUUUGCCUUAUGGCGGAUUCGAAUGGAUAGAUACUAAUAUUGAUGUGAUGUCUAUUCCUGACGAUGCAGCAGAGGGGUGUAUACUUGAAGUCGAUCUUGAGUACCCACAACAUCUACAUGACCGACAUAAAGAUAUUCCUUUCUGUCCAGAGCAUAUUAAUCCUAAAACUGGCAAACCUUCGAAGACUGUCAAAGAACUAACAAAGUUAAUGGCUACCUUAAACCCUAAGGAAAAAUAUGUUAUUCAUUAUCGAGCUCUGAAGCAAGCAGUGGAACAUGGUUUAAUAGUGACAAAAAUUCAUCGAGUGUUGAAAUUUAAACAGAGUCCUUGGCUAAAAUCUUAUAUUGACCUUAAUACAAAUUUAAGAAAAGCUGCAAAGAAUGAGUUUGAGAAAAACUUAUUCAAACUAAUGAACAAUGCUAUAUUUGGUAAAAGUUUAGAGUCUGUUCGGAAACAUGUUAAUAUCCGUCUUCUAACUGAAUGGAGUGGACGGUACGGUGCAGAGGCAUAUAUUUCAAAACCAGAGUUCAAAAAUUGCACGAUAUUUAACGAGAACUUGGUAGCUGUUGAGUUAAGGAAAUUGCAAGUAUAUUUGAAUAAACCUAUAUACGUCGGUCAAACGAUUCUGGAUUUGGCGAAGACAACUCUUUAUGACUUCCAUUAUGGUUAUAUGUCCUCAGUUUUUGAAGAUUGUACAGUUCUCUAUACCGACACCGAUUCGUUAAUAUAUGAAAUUAACAAUCAAGACCCUUACGUUGCAAUGAAGAGAGACUGUUACCAAUAUUUCGAUACUUCAGACUACCCCGAACAAAAUAUCUAUAACAUUCCACUUGUAAAUAAAAAAGUUUUAGGAUUAAUGAAAGAUGAAAAUAAUGGUGUACCAAUGACAGAUUAUGUAGGCUUAAGAUCAAAAUUGUAUGCAACAAAAGUAAUGUAUAGGACUAAGGAUAUUAUGAAGAAGAAGAAGGAGCUUGAGGAAAUGGAGUAUGAUCAAAAGAGUUUUAGAUCUAAAACUGUCUCUCAAAAUUUAAUACGAUCCGAAAAACAUCAAGUACAUUCAAUAACUCAACGAAAAGUAGCACUCAGUCAUGAAGAUGAUAAAAGAAUUCUAAUUACUGGGUCAGAUGAAACGUUGCCGUGGGGUCAUUAUUCAAUUAAUGAUGAUCCUAUGGAUGAAGUUAUAGAAGUUAUAGAAGUUAUAGAAGUUAUAGAAGUUAUAGAAGUUAUAGAAGUUAUAGAAGUUAUAGAAGUUAUAGAAGUUAUAGAAGUUAUAGAAGUUAUAGAAGUUAUAGAAGUUAUAGAAGUUAUAGAAGUUAUAGAAGUUAUAGAAGUUAUAAAAGUUAUAGAAGUUAUAGAAGUUAUGGAAGUUAUAGAAGUUAUAGAAGUUAUAGAAGUUAUAGAAGUUAUAGAAGUUAUAGAAGUUAUAGAAGUUAUAGAAGUUAUAGAAGUUAUAGAAGUUAUAGAAGUUAUAGAAGUUAUAGAAGUUAUAGAAGUUAUAGAAGUUAUAGAAGUUAUAGAAGUUAUAGAAGUUAUAGAAGUUAUAGAAGUUAUAGAAGUUAUAGAAGUUAUAGAAGUUAUGGAAGUUAUAGAAGUUAUAGAAGUUAUAGAAGUUAUAGAAGUUAUAGAAGUUAUAGAAGUUAUAGAAGUUAUAGAAGUUAUAGAAGUUAUAGAAGUUAUAGAAGUUAUAGAAGUUAUAGAAGUUAUAGAAGUUAUAGAAGUUAUAGAAGUUAUAGAAGUUAUAGAAGUUAUAGAAGUUAUAGAAGUUAUAGAAGUUAUAGAAGUUAUAAAAGUUAUAGAAGUUAUAGAAGUUAUGGAAGUUAUAGAAGUUAUAGAAGUUAUAGAAGUUAUAGAAGUUAUAGAAGUUAUAGAAGUUAUAGAAGUUAUGGAAGUUAUAGAAGUUAUAGAAGUUAUAGAAGUUAUAGAAGUUAUAGAAGUUAUAGAAGUUAUAGAAGUUAUAGAAGUUAUAGAAGUUAUAGAAGUUAUAGAAGUUAUAGAAGUUAUAGAAGUUAUAGAAGUUAUGGAAGUUAUAGAAGUUAUAGAAGUUAUAGAAGUUAUAGAAGUUAUAGAAGUUAUAGAAGUUAUAGAAGUUAUAGAAGUUAUAGAAGUUAUAGAAGUUAUAGAAGUUAUAGAAGUUAUAGAAGUUAUAGAAGUUAUAGAAGUUAUAGAAGUUAUAGAAGUUAUAGAAGUUAUAGAAGUUAUAGAAGUUAUAGAAGUUAUAGAAGUUAUAGAAGUUAUAGAAGUUAUAGAAGUUAUAGAAGUUAUAGAAGUUAUAGAAGUUAUAGAAGUUAUAGAAGUUAUAAAAGUUAUAAAAGUUAUAGAAGUUAUAGAAGUUAUGGAAGUUAUAGAAGUUAUAGAAGUUAUAGAAGUUAUAGAAGUUAUAGAAGUUAUAGAAGUUAUAGAAGUUAUAGAAGUUAUAGAAGUUAUAGAAGUUAUAGAAGUUAUAGAAGUUAUAGAAGUUAUAGAAGUUAUAGAAGUUAUAGAAGUUAUAGAAGUUAUAGAAGUUAUAGAAGUUAUAGAAGUUAUAGAAGCUAUAGAAGUUAUAGAAGUUAUAGAAGUUAUAGAAGUUAUAGAAGUUAUAGAAGUUAUAGAAGUUAUAGAAGUUAUAGAAGUUAUAGAAGUUAUAGAAGUUAUAGAAGUUAUAGAAGUUAUAGAAGUUAUAGAAGUUAUAGAAGUUAUAGAAGUUAUAGAAGUUAUAGAAGUUAUAGAAGUUAUAGAAGUUAUAGAAGUUAUAGAAGUUAUAGAAGUUAUAGAAGUUAUAGAAGUUAUAGAAGUUAUAGAAGUUAUAGAAGUUAUAGAAGUUAUAGAAGUUAUAGAAGUUAUAGAAGUUAUAGAAGUUAUAGAAGUUAUAGAAGUUAUAGAAGUUAUAGAAGUUAUAGAAGUUAUAGAAGUUAUAGAAGUUAUAGAAGUUAUAGAAGUUAUAGAAGUUAUAGAAGUUAUAGAAGUUAUAGAAGUUAUAGAAGUUAUAGAAGUUAUAGAAGUUAUAGAAGUUAUAGAAGUUAUAGAAGUUAUAGAAGUUAUAGAAGUUAUAGAAGUUAUAGAAGUUAUAGAAGUUAUAGAAGUUAUAGAAGUUAUAGAAGUUAUAGAAGUUAUAGAAACAGAACCUAAUUGUUCCAAGAGUAUGAGCUGUUUUAAUCACAUGGUAGAGUUCAAACGUUGUCUUGUAGAUGUAGUAAGAUGUAUUUUUAUUUAUUCUAGAUGA